AUGGCGGCCGCGUUCGAGCCCGACCUGCUCGGCUGCCGCGUCCGUCUGGCGGCCGAGGAGGGCCACUACUGCGGCACGGUGCACGCGGUGGGCGCGCGUGACGGCUCCGUCACCCUGCUGGGCGUCACGUUCGGCGACGGCGAGCAGCAGCAGCGGCUGCAUGGCGUGCAGAAGUUCUUGCGCGGUGACGUGCGACGCAUCGAGGUGCUGGAGCGCCUGGUUGACGACAGCUUGCUACUGGUGCAGGUGGCGCUCGGCUACAGCGACGACUCGGGCGGCGAGCUGCUGCCGCGGCCCGACGGCUACGCGCUGCUGGAGUCGGCUGCCGAGCUGACGGAGGCAGUGGCCUUCCUGCGCCGCCAGCAGACGCUGGGGCUGGCGGCUGAAGGCGUGCUGCUGGGCCGGCGCGGCCAGCUCAGCCUCCUGACGUUUGCCGCCGCCGAGUUCGCGUUCGUGGUGGACGUGGCGGCUUGCGGCGGCGCGGCGGCCGUGCAGCAGCUGCGUCCGCUGCUCGAGGCGGCCGACGUGCAGAAGGUGGUACACGAUUGCCGCGGCCUGUCCGACCUACUGGCGCACCAGUUCGGCGUGGGCCUGACCAACGUGUUCGACACGCAGGCGGCGGAGGUGCUGCUGUACCACCGGCAGCACGGCGCCAUGCCGGCCUACGUCAGCAGCGUGGCGCAUACGCUGGUGACUCGGCUCGGCUUGCUACCCAGACAGGUGUUCUUCCCGCACUUCCGAUUGGAGCGCAUGCGCGAGGACCAGCAGGUGUGGCUGAAGCGGCCACUGGCCGAGCCGCUGCUCGAGGGAGCCGUCAAGAACGUCGUCUACCUGCGCGAGCUGCGCCACGUGCAGAUGGAGCGGCUGUUCAGCACGUUCGUUCGCUGCGUAGACGUCUACCUGGGCGCCGUGCGCGACGCGGACGACGAGGACGCCUCGGCGGCGCCGUACGAGACGCACCGCGUGCCGCUCGCGGUGCAGGCCGUGCUGGAGACGCCCCCGACGUGGCCCUCCCGCGCCUCGCCCGACUACGAGCAGCCCGGCCUCGUCAGCAACGUGCUGGUCGGCGUCGACGACGGCAUGCAGUUCACGCGCAACGUGUGGCGUUCGGGCAGGCCCUAGCGGCGCGGCUGACGGACGCGGCCCGCCCCACCACCGUCACCAGCUCCGGCGGCGGCGGGAGCGGCCCGCCCCACCACCGUCACCUGCUCCGGCGGCAGCGGAAACGACACGCCCAACCACCGUCACCUGCUUCGACGGCGGCGGGCGCGACCCGGCUCGCCACCGUCGCCUGCUCCGGCGGCGGCGGGCCACCUGCUCGAGCGGGCGGCCGCCUCGCCGGCCGUGGUGCCUCCGCUGCGAUGUGAUCGCGGCUACUUCGUAGCGAUGCGGCGGAUGACGCGGCUAGGGGUGUCCCGGGAGGAGAGCGCUCGAGGAGGUGAUUGUCAAGAGGCCUCGUGGUUAUCUACCGGCGAUACUUCGUGUUCACGCCAGCCAGCAUUUUUAUGUAGACGUGUUUUGCAGGUAGCGGGGUAAUCGGUUGUAGCUCAGAAUCACCUUGACGUGCUAUGGUGGCAGACGUGUGUUCCUCGGGUGUCCGAACGAGUCAUGCAGAUUGGCAGUCGCAUUUAUCCUGGCCAUCUCGCGCGGGUGCAUCGUUAUAAACAAUACAUGUGGAUC